AUGGGGGUCCCAGUUUUAAACUCGUUGCGUGAUGGAGGUCUUGUUGUCAGCGGAACACUGGCGUUUCUGAUUUGUCUCGUGGCCCAGCGAGCGAAGUUGCAUCGGUAUGAUGCAGCCAUCCUCGACAUACGCACACCCGAUGAUACUCGAGUGACACGUUCGUUUUUUGGUGACUUUCUGUAUGUCGCGAAACUGGCAUUGCCUACGGUGUGGUGCAAGGAAUUUGCUGGAAUGACCGUAUUUAUUAUACUUUUUUUGGUGAAGUCAAUCCUGCACGUGGCACAAUCCAACGCUAAUGGACAAAUUUUGAAGGCUAUCGCUUCUGAUACCCCAGAGAAUCGGGUACAAAACUUUUUUCGUGUGCUUCUCUUGCGCGCUGCGGUCUCGAUGAUGGCGGCGGUUUGUAGCGGCUCCAUUGAACACCUACGGACGUUACUUAUUGCUUGCUACCGUGAGCGUCUCAGUCGAUACCUGCAACGCCGAUUCUACAGCCAUUUGUUGUAUUAUCAGGCAACUGUCUUGGACGGGCGGCUUGAGACGGCGGACACGGUCAUUGCGACAUAUUGUGGGGAGUUUGCCGAGCACUUUGCGGAGCUACCGUACUACUUUCUGCUCCCCAUGUUUGGGUGCAUGACAUCGAUGGUUGUGUUAACAAGAAAUGUUGGGGCAAAAGCGGCGGGGUUGGCGUGUGGUGCGGUCGCAAUUUCUGUUUUGAUUCUCCAGAAAAUCUCCCCUGCUUUUGGGCGCAUCCACGCGUCUUUACUUGCCAGGGAGGAGGAUUAUCGUCGCAUGUUGACAAAUAGCCUGAAUAACGUGGAGUAUAUUGCGAUGCACAAUGGCGGCAGUUACACCCGGCAAAAACUUGAGAGGCAACUUGGCAAACUGAAGCGCGCACUGGACCACUUUGCCCUCGCAAAGGGACACUUUGAUUUUCUUGAGAUUUCUUUUUCGGCUCUCUUACAGGCCAUUUCGAGUCUUGUCAUAUUCCGUGGCGCACACCAAAUGAAAACGAAAAGCAUGAACGACAUCUAUGUGGAGAUACAAUGCAUGCAAGACUUGAUUGAAAAUGUAAAGAGUUUUGUCGUGAAUUUCCGCGAGGUUUCCCAUUUGUCCACCUUCACGGUGAAACUGGCGGAGUUUGACUCGACCCUUACGAGCAUCGCAGAGGGAUGUUUUAUCCGUUCUUCAGGCGCAUCACCGAAGAGUGAUUGCAAUUCCGAUUUCCCUGUUAGUUAUACGCAUGUCAAUUACAUUGUCCGCCCUAAAGGGAAGAAGGAUUUUACGCUUUUUGCCUUUUCCAACUUGAAACUCAUGACGCCGGCAGGACAGCUGCUUUUUAAUGACCUUGAUCUUGAGAUAAAGAGUGACCAGGAUUGGGUGAUUUUGGGCGAGAAUGGCUGUGGUAAAACGUCUCUUCUUCGUAUGAUUUCCGGGCUUUGGCGCCCUACGGAGGGGAGUUAUUCGAUGGAGCGGGGAAUCAAGUUGCUUUUUGCCCCACAGCAUAGUUAUAUGGUACCACAAUGUACUUUGAUUGAGCAGGUUCUUUUUCCAAUUGUUUCAAAUACGCUGGGUGCGAAGGAACUUGACUCGUUUAAGGAAGCGAUCAGGCUCUCCGGAUCGCACUCAGUGAUUGAUGUGCUUGGUGGGUUUGAUAGUCCGUAUGUUGGUGCCGAUCCGAGAACGGCCGAUGACACGUACGAUUGGGAUUCUCUCAGCGGCGGACAAAAACAACGUAUCACUAUGGCGCGUGUUUUUUAUAAUAUUUUGACAAUGGACCGAAGUGAACAGACUCCUGUGGUUCUCUUGGAUGAGUCCACAUCCAUGAUGGAUGAGACGGAGCAGGCGGUGUUACUUAAUCUUCGCAAAUUACAAGUCCGCAUGAUCUCCGUGACACAUCGUGAAGAAGUGAUUACACACCACACGCAUGCAUUGAGGAUCCUACCAGGGGGAAAUUGGACAGCAACGCCGGUCACUACACGUGUGAAUAUUGACUAA